AAUGCAAAUCUCACUUGGCAUCCCUCGCAGUGAGAUGGCAAAACGUUUUGGUGUGUCUUUGAAAACACUUAAUCGCAGGAUUACACGAUGGGGGUUAAGACGAGUGGACUUGAACAAAAGUGUUAGUGACGCUGAGUUAGACGUGAUCGUGUCUGACAUUCAUCGCAAUUUCCCCAGCGCUGGCUACAAGCUGAUACUAGGUCACUUGAGGUCAAAGCAACUUUUUGUCAAACGGAGCCGUGUACUGGCAUCGUUAAGGCGAGUAGACGCUGAAGGAGUUCUGAUGCGUAGGCUCUCACACCUGUGGCAUGUUGACGGGAAUCAUAAGCUUAUAAGAUGGAGAAUAGUUGUGCAUGGUGGUGUUGAUGGGUUUUCACGGCUCAUUGUUUACCUGACUGCAGCAACAAACAACAGAGCCCAAACUGUUCUGGAAAGUUUCCUGUCAGCUGUGGAGCAGUAUGGCGUCCCCUCAAGAGUCAGAUCAGAUAAGGGAGGGGAAAACGUUCUGGUGGCACGCUUCAUGGUGACUAAUUGUGGAAUCAACAGGAACAGUCACAUUGCAGGAAGAAGUGUACACAAUCAAAGGAUCGAGCGACUGUGGAGAGAUGUUUUUGAAAAUGUCCUUGAUCUAUUCUACAGCACUUUCCUUCGUCUGGAAGCUGAGGGGUGGCUUAAUCCAGACAAGGAGACAGACCUCUAUGCUUUACAUAGAUGUUACAUGCCACACAUCCAGUCACAUCUGCAACAAUUUCAGAGAGCAUGGAACAACCAUUCCUUAAGAUCUGCAAGAAACCAGUCCCCUCUUCAGCUGUGGUCAAGCAAAGAAAGAGAUAGACACACACUACACAUUUCUCAGACAGAUGAUGACAACAGAUGGUGGAGAGGCCCACAACGACCUUCAGUUCAAAUUCCUGAGCUACACCUUCCCAGAGACCUGUCUGUGGUAGAACUUUCCACACUGCCAAAUCCAACUGUACCAUUGGCAGAGAUGCUACCAGUGUACAUUGAGACUGUACGGAUUCUUCGAGAAAUGCUGGAUCAUUAAAGAACGGAUGAACAUUGACUGUAUAUAUAACUGAUGUAUCAAAUAGCAAAGACAAUCAAUUUAAUGUUAAAGGGAUAGUUUGCCCAAAAAUGAAAAUUGUGUUAUUUACUUACACUCAUGUUGUUACAAAGCUGUACACAUUUUUGUUCUGAUGGACACAAGGGAAGAUAUUUUGAGAAAUGUUUGUGGAACCUUUUUUCUACUAUUGAAGUGAAUGGGGUUCACAAAUGGUUUGGUUACAAACAUUUCACAAAAUAUCUUCCUUCCUGUUUAUCAGAACAAAGAAAUGUAUACAUAUUUGAAGGCGAGUAAGUGACACAAUUUUCAUUUUUGGGUGAACUAUCCCUUUAACAUUAAAUUGAUUUUCUUUGCUAUCAGAGAACCACUGUUUAUAAGAGUGGUCUGUUGUAAUAACAAUAAAACAAUAGGGCCUGAGCACUGAGGUGCUAGGACCCUAACAACAUGUUUUUGUUUCAAAACUUAUUUAAAAGCUUAAAUUCAACAAAACUCAGUUCUGAUUUAAAAGCUUAAUUUUAACAUGUUGAAUAGUGCACUAUAAAACUUCUAAAAUGAGCUAUAAAUAAAGUGCACAAUGAACCUGG